AUGAAAAAUACAUUUUGUUUUGAUAGUGAAUCAUUUCGAUAUUUAGCAGCAAGAAAAUGUCAUGUGGAUUUCGAUGAAUUUGUAAAAGUGGAAUCUAUUAAUAGUUGGACAACAUCAGUGACUGAAUCUGUACGUUUACUUCAUUUUAUUCUAAAGCUAGAACCAUAUAAUUUAAAUGAAUGGCAAUCAAUCAGAAAAGCCGCCCUGGAAAUCUCAAUGCUUGCUCGACCUCUUAUGGAAACAUUACGUUUAAUACUUUAUAAUUGGAAAUUAUGUGAAGUUGGAUUGACUGAUAAAGAAAUAGUAAUAAAUACAAUUCCUGUUAAAAUGAAGAUAUGUUCGAACUGUGCACAAUGCAAUAUUGUACAAGUAGGACCAUUUUACAUAAGUGAAUAUCAAUCCGAUAAAAACAAAGCAGUUAAACAUUGUUUGUGUCCAUUUGAUGACAGUCAUUUUUUGAUUGAAUCCAUAGUGAAGUAUGAAUUUGUUACACCACCAACCAAACUUUCCAGCGAUUAUUUAAAGGAUUCUUUUUAUAAGUUUCUGUUGAAAUGUGAUAGACUCAUUCAUUUCUUACGGCAAAAAGGAUUAUUAAAUGAAAUUGAUCCAUAUAUAAAUGUACUGAAACGAUUUCUGAACGAAGAACAACACAUUUGUAAUAUUUCUCACAUAAACUCGAAUAUGAAUAAGAGAGUUCAAGAAGUAUUACGUUGUCUACGAGAAUCACGUGAACAGAAUGGGAAAAGAUUAAUUCAAUUAAAUGAAAAAUUAUCACUUAGUCAAGCGUAUCAAUUAAUUGAUGAAUUGAAAUCCAUACCAACAGUUAACCAACAAAUCGAUAUCAUCAAAAUAGGUCGUCAAUUGGUAAUGAAAGCAAAUGAACAUCAAGUGAAAAUAUCUUUCAUUAAAAAUAAAAUAUUUUCUAAACUUACAAACUCUCUGUAG